GCACACCUUCUGAGACCAUGUUUACAACGUCAAGUUCCUGAAUCCUUUAUUGUAAAGUCGAAUUUUUCUGAGGAAAAACUUAGGCCUACAAUUUGUCUAUAAUUGCUAGUGAUAAAAUGAGCGUAUUUAAAGCUGUUAUAAAAUCGAUAGAAGAAAAUGACUCGAAAAAGUUACAUAAAUUGCUUCAAAGGAAAUCGACAUUAAAUUUACAGGAUUUAAAUGAGGCACUUCUUUUUGCCGCAUCUAAUGGAAAAGAAGCUUGCAUAAUAGAAUUAUUGGACGUGCAAGUUGAUCCAAAUUCUACCGACUUAAACAACAAAACUGCCUUGCAAUUAUUAUUAGAAAAAAGUUUUAGUCCUUCUGCCAAGUGCGUUCGCUAUCUGAUUAGAGCUGGUUGUAACGCACCGUCAGUUUUACAACUGGCCUUACAUAUUUCAUCGAGACGGGGAUUCUCUGCUUGUGUUCAAACUUUACUGGAUAAUAGCGCACCCAUAGACUGGCCUGAUGAAGUUGGCAACACCCCUUUAAUUUGCGCUGCUAAGGAAGGAAGAACAGCCAUUGUUGAUAUUUUGUUAGACGCUGGGUGUGACGCCAACGCAGUGAAUAAUGAAGGCCAAACCGCUUUACAUGUGGCUAGUAAGCGCGGUCACAUAAGUACUGUUAGAGCCUUGUUGGAUUUAGCUUCGCCGGAUGUUUUGGAUGUUCGUUGUGAAACACCUUUUCUUUUGGCGGCUAAAUAUAGUCAUGCUGCUAUCGUCGAAGAAUUAUUGGCUUCGGGAGUUGAUUUGCAAGUGCAAGACAAGCGGAUGAAGAGGACACCUAUCAUGUGGGCUUGUGUUGCAGAUGAUUUAGCUACGAUUCAAAUCCUUUUAUCUUCAAAUGUUAAUCUGGAAUCAAGAGAUGUUGAUUGGAAGACUGCUUUACUCUUGUCAGCAGAAUAUGGUAAUGGUACAUCGACUAAUCUAUUACUGCCUGUAACUGAUAUAUCGGCGGUUGAUGUUAGAAAUGAGGGGGUAUUGCACAAAGCCAGUAAAAACAAAUAUUUUAAAUUACAACCAUAUUUCACCAAACUAGUUAAAAGGACGGAAGUAGAUGUAAAAGCUGAGGGUGGUAGGUCACCCCUGAUGUUCGCUUCUUUUUAUUGCCAAAUUGGUAAAAUAGAAUCUUUAAUAGUCGAGGGAGCAAAUCCAAACUUAACAGAUAGGUAUGGGGCCAAUUCUCUAAUGUAUUCAGUUCUCUCUGGUGGUUACCGAGUUGAAGAUGUGGUUAAAAUGUUAAUUAGGGCUAAUUCUAAUCUUGAUAUCCGAUCGAAUGUUCGAGGCUUAGCAAAAGCGUUGAAUUUAAAAAUGAAUCUUCCACUUCGAACAUUAACUAUUGGAGAAUUAGCUUUGUUGAGAGAAGAGUAUUAUGUGAUACAAUUGCUCUUGACAUCUGGUGCUAAUGUAUGGAAGAUAUCUACUGAUGAUUUAAUACAUUACAAUCCGAACUUAGGUAAUGGUUUAAAGUAUAUUAAGUUGGUUGAGUGGUUUAAAAGAAAAGCUCCCGAAUUAAAGGUACUAUGUAGAAAAGUUGUUCUUCAAUCAUUAAAAAAUACAACAAUGAUAAGAGAACUACCUGUUUCCGAACAAACUAAACGUUUCCUCAAAUAUCAAGAGCUUGAUUCGGUCGUUUCCUUGGAGGAAAAAGAGAGCGGAAAACAAAAUUACAUUGUUCAGAAACGUUCUUCGCCACGUGUAUCUAUUAACAAGCCUUUAUAUGCUUCAUCUAUUAUGAAAUUAUCCAAGAAUAAACACUCAAGACCAGUUAGCAUGCUGGAAUUUCGAUCACCCACAGCUAAACCUCAAGCACCACUAAGAUCGUGGUCAACUUCAGCUGUUCCAUCAAAAAUGUCAAAUCAAUCCUCAAAACUGGCCGCAAAUUAUGUUAGUCCUUAUUCAAAGGAAGUAUUAAUGAAAUCUAAAAACAAUCUAUCACCGACGACGAAGAGCGUAAAGUUUAAUUUACAGGUUCAGGAGGCAGGUGAACGAGAAAGAAGAUUUACUACUGGAUUUGGUAAAUAUUUGACAAAGACGAUUUUCAAUCUGACAAAGGCGGUAGGACACGGAAAGAAAUAA